AUGGCAGGAGUUGAACAAGCUAGGAAAAGAUCCGCGAGCGUCUGCGCGAGAUGCCGGAGGCAAAAGAUCAAGUGCUCUGGCUCGUACCCGUGCCAUAGCUGUAGCAAGCGUGGCCUUUCCUGCAAUUUCAACAAGAUGGAUCAGAAGGUCCUGGUCACUAGGGGAUAUAUUUCUGAGUUGCAGCAGAAGAUUGCGAGGAUGGAGAAGCAUAUACAAGGCCAUCAUGAUGUUUGCAAUUCGAUUGGCGAUACCAACAUUUUGGUUCAACCACCAACGCUAACUUCACUAGACCCCGUGGAUUGUGAAGGUAUAGCUGGCAACGAAAGGUCGACUUCGCCUAAUGACAUUGAAGAUUCCGAGGAAGCGGGUGACCAUGAUGGACUGGUUAAUCCGCUAGUCACCGGCCCGCCCGCUUUUAUGUCUCCAGGCAAUGAGAGAAUAUUUUAUCUAGGAACGUCUUCGAAUUGGUCUUUUACUCGACGUGUGCUGAGUGUCGCGCACCAACACGUACACAAGGAACCGCUACCAACGGAGUCAUUAAUAUUUGAAGGGGCGUCCUAUAAUUUGGACUGGGAUGGAUGGCGGACGGAUCCGAUGCUGGCGAACCCUAUUAUCCCCAGUCUCGACCAUGCGCAAUAUCUGAUCAAUGCAGUUGGGUUCCGCUGCGGAGGGCUGUACCACCUCUUCGACGAAACCGACUUCAUGAAAUCAUUACAUGACUUUUAUUCCCAGGAGCCCCCAUCAAGAGCAACGGUGAAAAGCCUAUGGUAUAUUCAUUUUCUCCUUAUUCUGGCUUUUGGAAAGAGCUUUACCCAACACCAAAGCCAAGGAAGGAAGCCUCCAGGAACAGAGUACUUUGUCAAAGCCCUGCAGCUUCUACCAGACCACUACUUUCUCUACUCCUCGCCAAUGAUAUCAACCGAAAUUCUGUGCUGCAUUGCUUUAUUCUACCAAUCUCUCGACUGUCGCAGCCCGGCACAUAAUUAUGUCGGUCAAGCCAUGCGAUUGGCCAUGGCGCAUGGCAUGCACACUGACAUGCCGAUUAGAGAUUUGGGGCUACACGCUGUUGAGAGAUGCAGGAAGAUUUGGUGGACUGUUUAUAUACUAGACCGGCACAUGUCCUCAAUACAGGGCCUACCUCAGUCUAUCGAUGACCGCUUUGUGCAAGCCAUUCCUCCCUCAUUCCCUGGAUCCCCCGAAAGGGCCAGGAGACUGAGCAUGCAUAUCAAGCUAUGUCGCAGUAUUGCUGAUAUCAAUAGCACUGUGUAUGCCGUUGAUGGCCGAAUCAACCGAAGAUUUCUAUUGAACACCAAAGUAGCAUUGUCGAAUAUAGCAGGACAUGCGGAUGAGCUUCGCGAGACUUUUCCUCUCUAUUUAGAUGGGACGGAUCUCGGAAUUCCUCGAACAUCGGCGUACUUGCACCUUCUUUACCAACAAUGUGUAAUUGUCGCCACAAGACCUCUGCUCUUCUGUUUCCUGAAAAUCCGUCUUGAAUCUCCGGAAAAGUGUAUAGAAUUUCUCAACAAAUCACGGAAUAUCCGCAACCUGAUCCUAAUGUGCAUCGAAUGCUCACAGCAUAGCAUCGAGAUUCUGCAUAGUCUUAAGUCUCAAGGCCUUCUCGAAAAUUUCCUCAAUUUGGACCUGGAAUCAGUUUUCAUAUCCACAGUGGUCCUUCUCAUAGGGCCCAUAAUUGACCCUGUAUUAGUGGAUGACUAUCCCCGGUGGCUCGAGAAGGCCUAUGCUAUAUUCCGAGAGAUGGUUGCGAGCGGAAAUGAAGUAGCCAAAUUCCGAUGGACUGAGCUCCAACAGCUAGACAUGACUCUACACGCUACAUCGCAAGACAAUGCCUGCAACCCGGCUGAAAGUGCUCUGUCUCUGCAGUCUGAUGCUGUUCCUCAACUGCUUUUGCCAGAGACGGGCUAUGCCCUAGCAUCCAUGGACCACAGCCCUGGCAGCCAUACCCCUUUCAUUGAGAACAAUAACUUGGAUGCGGAAUGUGGCCUCGGCCCAAUGCCAAGCUCUGCCGAAAUGAUGGCGAUGGCAGAUUCCAUUGAGAUAUACCACGCAGAAUGGGUGUCUAGCGUGAUGAUUGACCAUGACAUCUGGUAG